UUAUGUUCUUGUAUUCCUUCUAAUCUUGCUAAUAUUAGUGGUAUAUAUCCUCCAAAAUAUAUUUGUUAGAUAAACCAUUCUUUUAUUGUUCAACAGAACACUUUCCUAAAAGAGGAAGAGGCAUAGGCGCAUUGCAUUUCAGUUUCUGAUACAGAAAUGAAUCAACAGCUAUUACGGCCUCUAAGGUCAUUGCCAUGGUUGCACCACCACCACCCAAGAACUGCUGCUACUGCCACCCUUCUUCCACUUCAACAUCAUCAUCUUCUCUCCUCAAAACAACCACCCACGAAAUCAUCAUCAUCCUCUCAUAUUGCUUCAGCUCAGCGAAACCUCAAUACCCGUUCGCGGGGUCUUCUACGAACCAAUGUUCCGCUACCAUCGCCAUCCACCACCGCAGACUUCGAUUCCGAACUAAAGAAGAGCCGCAACCAAUUGAAGCGCGAAGCAAAGCGUGCUGUGCAGUGGGCCAUGGAUUUGGCUUCCUUGUCUCCUCCCCAAAUUAAACGCAUCCUUGGAGUGGCUUCUUUGGACCAAGUUGUGUUCGAAGCUCUCAUGUUGGUUAAGAGACUAGGACCCGAUGUUCGCGAAGGAAAGCGGAGGCAGUUCAAUUAUAUUGGAAAAUUGCUAAGGGACGUGGAACCUGAUUUAAUGGAUCGAUUAAUUAAAGCAACAAAAGAUUCUGAUCAGAAGGAGCUACAGGUUUUAACUGGAUUAGGGGCCGAUGAUCUUGAGGAUGAUGAUGACUUGAUAGAAAUUGAAUCGGAGGAGGAUGAAAAGGAAUCUAAUUCGUAUGAUAAUCAAGUAACAAAGUGGUUUGAUGGUUUGAUCGAUAAGGACAUUCAAAUCACCAAUGAAGUUUAUUCAGUUCAGGGAGUUGAGUUUGAUCGGCAGCAGGAGUUGCGAAAGCUUGUACGUAGAGUGCAUUCUACUCAGGAAAUGAAGGCUGCAGAUGAUGAAGAGGAGAAAAAGAAAGAGAUGGCAUCAACUCGGGCUAAGAAUGCGUUGACUCGAUUCCUUCGUGGUCUUGCAAGGAGUCUUACUAAUGAUUAUUGAAUAUUAUUUGAGAGAUUAAUUUGAUACCGACAAAAUGGCUGAAAUGUAUGGAAAGUAAUAUACCCUGUCCUGGGUGGGCAACAUGCUAAGGAAACGUCUAUUCUUUCUCAUUUGAAUUAAACGUAAAUUAGUUAUUUGCAACUAGACCAUGAAGUGGUGAAUAUUUGAUUUCUGAUGUACAAUCAUUAAUUUAGAGAAAUUGUACGAUAAGAGAUGAAUACGAAUAACUUCAGCAGAAAAAAUACUGACAGAAACAUUAUCAAUUUAUCAUCUGCAGUUCACCUGUUGAAAUUCUUGUAU